AUGAAUAAUGAUGAUGAUGACCUCGGUUUAGUACCUGACAAAGUACAACUCUCUACUCUACACGACCCAAAAUCCAUUGCUCAAUACUUGCAAAUAUUCCAUUCAUAUGACCCGAACGUUCUAUACCAAAAUUUACAAACUGACCCUAUCAACGGCAUAGAUUCAUCUCAACUGCACACAAGAAAACUCAAAUAUGGUGAUAACAAGUUACCGGAACACGUCUCAAAAACCUUCAUGCAACUGAUCUUAGAGGCUCUCAACGACAAAACUAUGAUCCUACUGUCCAUCGCAGCUAUAGUAUCCUUUCUACUAGGUCUCUACGAAGUCUUUUGCCAACCAACGCAAUACGAUCCAGAAGGUCAUAUAAUUAAAAAUGUAGAUUGGAUUGAAGGUAUUGCAAUCAUGUUGGCAGUCGUAGUAGUAGUAGUCGUCUCCGCUGCUAACGACUACCAAAAGGAAAAACAGUUCUCAAAACUAUCACAGAAAAAGGAAAACGAUAAAACUUUCACAGUCAUUAGAGAUACCGCUACCGUUUCUUUGAUCCCAAACUCACAACUGGUAGUAGGGGACAUCAUCAAAUUGCAAACUGGAGAUAUCCUCCCAGCAGACUGUAUCCUGGUUAGUGGUUGCUGCGAUGUAGACGAAUCUUCCGUCACUGGGGAAUCAGACACCAUCAAGAAAAGACCAUUGACUGAAUCACUAUCAUACUAUAAAGACAUUAAAAAUAAUGCUUCAAGUUCCGCAAGCGACUUCGUCGUAGAUAUUCCAAAUGACAAAAACGUCCCGGACUGUAUGCUAAUAUCAGGAUCGAAAGUAAUUGCUGGUCUCGGUAAAGCUGUCGUCACUGCAGUAGGUAUAUCCUCUGUCCAUGGAAGAACCAUGAACGCAUUGAUUCAUGGCGACCGAGUACCUGAUGAAGAUGCUGAGUUGAAUACAGAUGAUUUUGCCCUCGAAAACUCAGGAAUGACUCCUAUGCAAGAAAGAUUGAGUAAUUUGGCAGAUAUUAUCUCAGUGUAUGGCUGUUUGGCUGCUACUUUGCUAUUCGUUAUUCUGUUUGCAAAAUACUUAUAUAAUAUAUUGUCUCCUAACGGGAGAUUUAAAGAUCUGCCGCCAGCUGAAAGAGGUAACAAAUUUUUAAAUAUUUUCAUCACUUCGGUAACCAUAAUCGUCGUUGCUGUCCCUGAAGGUUUGCCAUUGGCUGUCACCUUAGCUUUGGCCUUUGCAACAACAAAAAUGACUAAAGAUGGGAACCUGGUUAGAAUAUUAAAGGCGUGUGAGACUAUGGGCUCGGCAACUGCAAUUUGCUCGGAUAAGACAGGUACUUUGACCAGAAAUUCAAUGACCGUAACAAAGGUACUCAUUGGUGGUAAGACCAGCGAUAACUUAAAUGAAAUUCAAAAAGAAUUGGGGAAAGAUAUUCUUAUCAAUAUUGCUCUAAAUUCAACAGCCUUUGAAAAUAAAAAUUAUAAGAAGCCACCAAGUUCAAGCAAUCCUUUCGAUUCAGAGGGUUCAAAUUCAAACGAAGUUGAUACAAUCGAAACCUAUAACUCGAGAGAACCUUACAUCGGUUCAAAAACUGAAAUUGCAUUGUUAAGUUUUGCAAAUUUGAAUUUAGAUUUGAAAAGACUUGGCGAACUGCAAAAAGUUCGUAACGAACCUAAUUCCAAGUUUCCAACAAUUGAAAAAAUCGUUCAAAUUAUUCCAUUUGAAAGCUCACGUAAAUGGUCGGGUCUAGUUGUUAAAUUGAAAGAUACUGGAACUUAUAGAUUAUAUGUUAAAGGUGCUGCAGAAAUUAUUUUCAAAAAAUGUUCCUACAGAAGAGGAACUGAUGGUUCAUUGCAAGAAUUAGAUGAAAAUGUAAUUAAUAAUAUUCAAAAUCACAUAAAGGAUUUCGCUGAAAAUGCUUUGAGAGCAAUUUCGUUAGCUCAUAAAGAUUUGCUAGAUUAUAAAACUUGGCCACCGGCAGAACUUAUGGAUAAAGAUAAGAAAGAUAAUGACUGCGCUUCGCCAGAUAUUUUAUUCAAUUCAUUACUUUCUUCCAGUGAUAGUACCAAAUUCGAUGAAACCGGAUUAGUUAUAGAUGGUAUUUUUGGAAUUCAAGACCCUUUACGUCCCGGUGUCGAUGAGUCAGUAAAGCAAUGCCAAGAAUCAGGUGUCACAGUCAGAAUGGUUACUGGUGAUAAUUUAUUAACAGCAAAGGCGAUAGCUAGAAACUGUCAUAUUUUAACUCUUGAAGAUAAUUACGAUCCACAUUGUGCUAUGGAAGGGCCAGAAUUUAGAAAAUUGACAAAAGAAGAAAGAGUUGAAAUCUUACCAAAAUUAAGAGUCCUUGCAAGAUCUUCCCCUGAAGAUAAGAGAUUGCUAGUAGGUACUUUGAAAUCUAUGGGAGAUAUUGUUGCAGUCACAGGUGAUGGUACUAACGAUGCCCCAGCUUUGAAGUUAGCUGAUGUAGGCUUUUCAAUGGGUAUUUCAGGUACUGAAGUUGCACGUGAAGCGUCUGAUAUUAUUCUUAUGACAGAUGAUUUUUCUUCUAUUGUAAACGCAAUUAAAUGGGGUAGAUGUGUUUCUACCUCAAUCAAAAAAUUCAUCCAAUUCCAAUUGACUGUUAAUAUUACAGCAGUUUUUCUAACGUUUGUUUCAGCUAUAUUAUCAGAGGAUGAAUCGUCAGUAUUGACUGCCGUACAAUUGUUAUGGGUUAAUUUAAUUAUGGAUACCUUAGCAGCAUUAGCCUUAGCAACUGAUAAACCUGAUAAAGAUAUUUUAAAGAAGAAGCCAAAGGGACGUUCUGAGCCACUUAUAUCAUUCUCUACCUGGAAAAUGAUUUUAGCACAAGCAGCUUUGCAAUUAACUAUUACUUUUAUUUUAAAAUUCUAUGGGGCUAAUAUUUUCUUUGGUGGAAAGGAUGAACUUUCAGGAAAGGAACAGCAGCAGCUGAACGCAAUGAUAUUCAAUACUUUUGUUUGGUUGCAGUUUUUUACUAUGAUCGUAUCCAGGAAACUUGAUGAAGCAGAUGGUAUUACAGGUUGGAAGGAAAGAUGUACACAAAACAAUUUGAAUUUCUUCCAAGAUUUGUUUAGAAACUACUAUUUUAUUGCCAUAAUGACAUUGAUCGGUGUCCUCCAAAUUUUAAUCAUGUUUUAUGGUGGUAUUGCAUUUUCAAUUGAAAGACAAACUAGAGAAAUGUGGAUAGUUGCUAUAUUAUGUGGUAUGCUUUCCUUGCCAGUAGGUGUUAUUGUCAGAAUCAUACCUGAUGAUGUAGUAAGAGCAUUGAUACCAGCAUCGCUAUUUGCAAAAUUCAAAUACAUAUUAUAUCUGGAAUUCCUACCAAACUGGGACAACAAACCUAAGGAAGAAGAUGAGGAAUCCUUGUUAGAGCAGGCUUCUAACGUGUCAACUAGGGAAUGA